AAGUCCGCCUUCAAAAUGGUGGAAAGUGUGCUUUGCUUGGCUGGAUUGCACCCGUUGGGCAUCAGCACGCGUUUCGUUAGGCGUCAUCAAUGGAUAGAGGGCUGCAGGAUGUGGAUCCAGGUGCGUACCAUGGAUGGCAAGGUGACUCACCGAAUUGACUCCUUGUCCAAACUCACCAAGGUGGAUGAACUGCGUCUCAAGAUCUCCGAGGCCUUCAAGGUGGAGCCAUCUGUGCAGAGGCUCUUCUAUAGGGGCAAACAGAUGGAAGAUGGCCACACUAUAUUUGACUACAACGUGGGCCUGAACGACAUCGUGCAGCUGCUGGUCAGGCAGAAUCUGCCCCCUGUUGCUCUUCCCAAGGACAAAGAGGCGGAGCUCUCUGACUCUGAUUCAGGCUGUGGCUCAGCCCCGAGCGAGUCAGACAAGAGCUCUACGCAUGGGGAGACAGAGGGCCAGCUGGCAGGCGCCUCGGCGCAGGCCGAGCUGCCCGAACUCGUGUGCCCUGGCUUCGGUCUAUAUAAGAUAAAUGAGUUUGUAGAUGCCCGCGAUUUGAAUAUGGGGGCCUGGUUUGAGGCCCAGAUCAUGAACGUGACGAGAGAGACCAGGACCCCAUCGGACGGAGAUGAGGGAAAGUCGGAUGAGGACAACAUACUCUACCACGUCAAAUACGAAGACUACCCAGAAAAUGGUGUGGUGCAACUGCGGGGUAAAGAUGUGCGUCCACGUGCUCGCACCGUGUACCAGUGGCAUCAGCUGGAGGAGGGUAUGGUGGUUAUGGUCAACUACAACCCCGACGAGCCCAAAGAGCGUGGCUACUGGUACGAUGCCCAGAUCCAGAGGAAGCGGGAGACGCGCACGGCCCGCGAGGUCUUUGGCAGGAUUCUGCUCGGAGAUGCUGGUGAUUCACUGAACGAUUGCCGCAUCAUGUUUGUGACUGAAAUAUACAAGAUAGAGGAGCCUGGGAAUACAGAUGAGUCGGGAGCGGCGUGUGAAAGCCCAUUGAAAAGGUCGAAUGGGCCAGAGUGCAAGCACUGCAAGGACAACCCGGCCAAGAACUGCCGUAUGUGCAACUGCUACGUGUGCGGCAUAAAGCAGGACCCAGACAAGCAGCUGCUGUGUGACGAGUGUGACAUGGCCUUCCACAUGUACUGCCUCAAUCCACCGCUUACCACCAUACCUGAGGACGAGGACUGGUACUGCCCAAGUUGUCGGAAUGACGUGAAUGAGGUGGUGUUGGCUGGGGAGAAGCUCAAGGAGAGCAAGAAGAAAGCAAAGAUGGCCUCUGCAAGCUCCUCCAGCCAAAGGGACUGGGGGAAGGGUAUGGCUUGUGUUGGCCGAACAAAACAGUGCACAAUUGUUCCCUCUAACCACUAUGGACCAGUGCCCGGGGUCCCGGUUGGCUCUCUGUGGAAAUUCCGAGUACAGGUCAGUGAGUCAGGGGUACACAGACCCCAUGUGGCUGGGAUCCAUGGCCGCAGCAACGACGGUGCUUACUCCCUGGUGUUGGCCGGGGGCUACGAGGAUGACGUGGAUGAUGGAAAUGAGUUUACCUACACUGGUUCUGGUGGACGAGAUUUAUCAGGGAACAAGAGGACUGCUGAGCAGUCAUGUGACCAGAAACUUACCAACAUGAACAGAGCUUUGGCUCUGAACUGCAAUGCUGCGAUUAACGACAAGGAUGGAGCGGAGGCAAAGAACUGGAAAGCGGGGAAACCAGUGAGGGUCGUGCGUAGCUCCAAAGGACGAAAGCACAGCAAAUACUGCCCUGAGGAUGGCAACAGAUAUGACGGCAUUUACAAGGUGGUGAAGUACUGGCCUGAAAAAGGGAAGUCUGGGUUCUUGGUGUGGAGGUAUCUUCUGAAGCGUAAUGACGAUGAGCCAGCACCUUGGACCCGAGACGGCAAGGACCGGAUCAAGAAGCUGGGUCUCACCAUGCAGUAUCCUGAGGGUUACCUGGAGGCAGUGGCUUCCAAGGAGAAGGAGAAGGAGAAUAAGAUGGAGGAGGAAGAUGUGACUGACACACCCAGCAAAGGGAAGAGGAAACGACAAUCUCAAGGUGCGGAAAAGCAAUCUCCAGCCAAGAGCUCUCCAAAGAAGCUGAAAGUGGAGACCUACAAGCUAACGGCGGAGCAGAAAGCUCUGAUAAAGGGGGAUGAGCUCAACAAGAAGCUGUGGGAUGAAGCCAUGCAGAGCCUGUCUCAGGGGCCAAAAUUUCUGAACAAAGUUGAAGAGGUAUUCUUAUGCAUCUGCUGCCAGGAGGUGGUGUAUCAGCCAAUCACUACAGAGUGUCAACACAACGUGUGUAGGGAAUGCCUGCAGCGUUCAUUCAAGGCAGAAGUGUACACAUGCCCAGCUUGCAGGCACGACCUGGGGAAAAAUAACCCGAUGACUGUCAACAAGUCCCUCCAAGCCAUUCUAAACCUGUUCUUUCCCGGAUACAGCAGUGGCCGGUGAUGGCCUCCUGCCCUGCUCAAACUGCUGCUUUCCUUUCUCGGACAGAAUCCACAUGAACUUUGAGUUGUAGUUUAGCAGUAAGCAAUUAAGAAAAAGUUAUUGAUUUUUAAUAUAUUGAACAUGAACAAUUUCAUCUGGUAGUUGGGUGACAAAGAUGCCCCCACCGCUGUUUUAUAUAUAUAAAAUCUAGAUGUUUAACAUUGGUUGAUAAUUCAAACCCAGUCAGUCCUGUGUUGGCCUGCUAGCAUGAGGAUUGACCUCUGCCUUUUAAAACAUGUUUAAUUGGUCACCUAUAGGGUUAAAUUUUAUCGUAUGAAAUGGUGGGAAGCAGCUUCAAGUCAGCACUUCAGUCUGGCAUAAUUUUUGACCUGCUAUAGUAACUCCUCAGGCUUUUAUUUUCUUUGGAAUAUCAGGCUAUAUAUUUAAAGUCUUAGAAUAGUUACCCCAAAGGCACCCAUAUCUUAUGUAUUAAUUUUUCUGUAGUUUGCUGUGUUAAAUCUGUCAUCCAUAGAGCAAUUUCAACGGGUUUUUCCUCACUACAGUACCAUUAAACUGGCCAGUGCAUUG